AUGUCGGCUAAGGAUAAGUGGGUUCGCCGGUUCUCCGUUGACGAAACUGCAAAACAUAAAAAUGGAUUUACUAUUUACAAGAUAACUUCUGUGUUAUUCCUGAUCGAAUCUCCGGAAUCAUUGACAGAAGUUUCAGUGUGGAAGAGGUAUAGUGAUGUGCAGAGACUACACAAGAGCAUGCGGUCCCUGCACGCCGGCCUACACUUACGGGGCACUUUUCCGACCUUGCAAAGAUACAGCUAUUUUAAGAGGUUCCAAAAAGAGGUCAUAGAAGAAAGAGCUAAAACAAUAAAGACUUUAUUGGAAUUCAUAGCUGAACACCGGCUUCUCUUCGCCAGCACGGAGUUUGUCAACUUCUUACAGACAGGAUACCCUAAACCAGAUCCGCCGGCAGGAGGCGUCAUCAACGCGAUCAGAUCGUCUCUACACUUGCCAAUCGAAGAAACUCCCCCUCUUGAAUACCAGACGGAUGAUGAUGACGCUUCCAGUCCCACUCAUUCUGCGCUAGCAGCAAACGAGACCCCGGUCAGCCAAUCAAUGUCUCGAGACGAGACAGACUUCAUAUCACAAAUACCGAUAUACGAGGCUGCCGACGUCGAGAUAAGGCAAUCACCCAAAAAGAUCUCGGGAGCAAGUAGUUUUGAAUCAAUCAACUCUUUAGAGAGCAUAGACAGUGACAUCUAUGAGGAACUCAACAAAGUGACAGUGGACAAAAAAGUAUGUGUCAAAUCGAAAUCAGUGUUGCCAGAUUUAAUAAAUUUUGACGCGCCAUCCACUUCUAAAUUUGAAGAUUACCACACUAUGAGGAACAAAAGGUUUGAUUCGGAUACGGUGUCUCUAAAUUCAAAUGUUUGUUCCACAAGUUCGUGUGACGUAGACUCACGGAGAAGUAGUUCGCGGGUGUCGGUGUGUAGUAAAAGUGUUUUGUCUCUAUCUAACGCGGAGUGUAAGACUAAGACGGAGGAUAGUUAUGUGUUCGAAGCUGGGUAUAUGCUGAAUUUGGCAGCGAGAUGUGAAGAUAUGGGAGACUAUCAGAGAGCGUUUGAGUGUUAUAAGAGCGGCAUUGAGAAGAUGUUGAUUGGAGUACAGACCGAUACGGACCCUCAAAGGCGGGCGUUGAUAAAAGAAAAAACAAAUAAAUACCUAUCAUAUGCUGAGGAGAUAUACAAGAAUCAUUUAUGUGGUGUUGAUCAAAGUUUACUGCCAGAGCGAGACGACAACAUCCGACCUCUCCACUGUCCGAUCCCGCUUUCGAUGUUGAAGCGACCUUACGAAGAUUUGGCGUUGUACAGGGUGCUCGCAAUAUUGGGCUCGAGUAUGAUGCUUGUUCAUAGACAGGAUCAGGCAUAUUAUGCGAUGAAGGUGAUCCAGAAAGUACCAAACAACUUAACAGAAUUUGACGAAUACUUCCUUCGAAGAACCAACGAGACUCGACAACCUAUACUGCCUACCGUUAUACCAUACAUGGUCCCUUUACACGCGUAUAUCGAAACCAACAACUUGAUAUUCCUCAUACUAGCAUACGCCCCUGGAGAAAAACUAGUAAACUACAUUAAAAAUUACUCAAAAUCGACCCCAACAACACCCGCUAGAGAAGUCAACUUAGAAAAUGUGUUCACAGAACCGAAAAACAAAAAUGUUGAUACGACUGAUAGUACUGUUGUUGUUGUUGAUAAUAAUAAUGUUGAAGGAGACGUGUCCGUUUCUGAAUUGGUGAGGAAUUCUCAGAAGUUGUUGUUGAAUGUUGAUAAGGCUUUGACGGAGGAUAAGAACGAAGGUACAGUUGUUGAAAAUAAGGCUGUUGAUAACGUGUGUGGGACACCUUGUAGUAUGUUGUCGGUGCGAGGUCGUCAAGUAAUACCCCCCUCUGCGGUGUGCAAGUGGGGGGCCGAGGUACUCACCGCCUUAGAGAGCUUGCACAACUAUGGCGUUAUAUGCAGAGACCUGAAUCCAUCGAACAUAUUACUCGGCGAGCGUGGACAAAUAAUUAUUACAUACAUGAUACACUACCCGGGAGUCGACAUGCAACUACACAAGCUCAACACGUACAUUAUGUACAUCGCGCCCGAGCUGUACGACAAUAGCAUAGACGAUGUUCUGUCCAAAGUGUGUGAUUUCUGGAGCUUCGGCGCUAUCAUGUACGAACUGCUCUGUGGAGAGCCGCUGUCUGUCCACCACAGGAGCAUCUUCACGACACACACAAUACUACACAUACCGGAUGGAUUGUCUGUGGAAGAGCAAUCUUUGCUAACACAGCUUCUCACAUACGAGCCAUCAGAACGCCUGGGUUCAGGGCCAGACGGUAUAGAAGAAAUCAAACGCCACCCUUACUUCAAACAUAUAGACUGGCAGUACAUAUACGACAGCUGGACCGUGCCAGACUGA